AUGAGACUGGACUUUACGUUUUUGCUGUCGAAUAUAUUUUUGGUCGGAGAUGUGUUCGCUAGAGAUGGUGAUGUAGACCAAUUUCUCCAGGAAAUGGAAGAUGUUUUUGACUUGUACGAAACUAGAGAAGAGCACAGAUCACCAGAAACAGUAAACAAUCUUCGAAAAUUAUGGGAGUUUUUCAAGGCGACAGAAAGUAACUACAUUAUGGAAGCUUUCCCGCGACAGAACGGCUCCUUUGAUACCAAAAGAUCCGCCCAACAACAGCGUCUUGAAAAACGAGGAGCCAGUCAAUACUACCUGCUGCAUUUUGGUCUUCCAGGACAAAAAGGAGGAAGGAGACGUUUCAGAGGAAGAAUGCCUGUUUGA